UGCCUGAGUCAACAUUUAAAAUAAAAAAAUAAAUAAAUAAAAAAAGGUCAAUGCCUUUCAUUUCUCAUGUAUCAAAUGUAUACGGUCAUUUUCAGGUUUGGCUCGCAGAGCCUGACUCUCAGCAAAAUAGUUCCUCACAUUUGUAACCUCCUGGGAGAUCCCACAAGUCAGGUGCGUGAUGGUGCCAUGAGCUGUCUGGUUGAGAUCUACCGCCACGUCGGUGAGCGAGUACGGAUUGACCUUGGAAAGAAGGGCCUACCUCAGUCAAGGUUGAAUGUCAUCUUCAGUAAAUUUGAUGAGGUCCAGAGGUCGGGGAACAUGGUCCUGUCACCUGUGUCAGGUAGGAUUAAAUAA